AUGCCCCUAUUUCGAGAUCCGGAUCGGAGGCGUCAUUAUCUAUGGUCACCCGACCAUGGCAAUCGUGAACAGCCGACCACAGGGUCCUCACAGCCCCAGCUAAAUGAUCUCAAUCGCCGUGAGAUAGAUGCUCCAGAAAUGCAAACCAACUCUAUGCAUUCCACGACGUUGAGUCCGCCCAAGUCGUGGGCAAAUGACCGGGAGGAGCUCAUACAACGUAUCAAAGAAUCUUCGCCUUGGAGAUUACAACAUAUGUCCCCGGAUAGGCACAACAACGAUUUAUUUAGCUCCCAAAUUUCACCGGAGCAGUCACCAACAGCAGCAAGAGAACAAGAAAAUAACUCUAUUAACCAAGAACAUCACAUUAAUGCGACAGAGGAACUGGGAUCGCCGGCCGAUAUCCAGAGACCUCGAUCCGCAUUACACUCGGGUGAUUUCAGGGAAGGCGCCACAGAUCCCCAUGACUCACACGCUCCUGGAUCUCCUUUUACUGGGCCAAGUUCGGCUUCCCCCUUUGGUCAUUUAAGCUCCUCUCCCACUACUCCCUGGUUCGGAGCACCAAACUUGCCACCCGAUUUGCGAAAGACAAGUAUAUCGAAUGAAUACCGUCAGUCCGAUGAUAUUGUGAAUGCUCGAGCUCGUGCACCGUCAGUGGGCUCAUUCUCAUCAAGUUAUGUUUUAAAAGCCCCUACCAGUCCUCUGGUAUACCAAGCAAAUAACACCGAUUUGGACUUUUCGUCCCGUGUUGACCAUGCGGACGUUUCCGAGCCUAUGGAGAGAACAAACCGUCGCCGUACUUUGCCACCGGAGACCUUUAGGAAUCUCCAAUUCUCCCUGCCAAGCAACCCCAUUCCCAACCUUGGCAGUCCAUCUCCACCCGGACGGCAGCAGGAUGUCUUUACCAACCAAACGUCUUUGCCUCGCCGGUCAUUGACCUCGACGUAUAGUCUUCAGCUCGCACCGUCCCCCGGGGGGCAGAUCCCACCAUCGCGAGUCAGAAGGCCGUCUUUUGUCUCCGAUCUGUCAUCAAACCCCCACGCACCGAUGGUGGGGUCUUAUGAGGAGUCAAUCUUGCGUGGGAGAAUGUCAAUGAACCCUUCCAAACCGCUGGAUUUUACGGCUCAGAUCGGUGUGCUAGGCAAGGGAAAAUGCAAAAGCCAUCUCAAAUGCCCCCCACAUGUCACAGUGCCAUUUCCGGUUGUGUUCUACAGCUAUCCGACCUCGGGGUGUGGCCGCUCAAUCUCAGAUGACAAUCCAAGCCCCUAUGUGGGACAAAUUGACUUGGAAAAUUCCCUCCCAAAAGAGAAUCCCAAUCCGACUCGACGUCGCAGGCGACAUCUAAGUCCGAUAGGACCCCGUGAGGACACCCCCGCCACAGAUGCAGCAAACGAUACUCGUACGAGUGCUGCUGAAUCACGACGCCGCCGGGAAAAGAAGAAUCGCAGAUCAGAAUCGCCUAAAUGCCCCCCAGGAGGGUCUUACCGGAUUCCGCAACAAGGUCAACUACAAAUCAUAAUUAAGAACCCGCACAAGACAGCGGUAAAGCUUUUCCUUGUUCCAUACGACCUCGGCGAUAUGGAGCCUGGCACAAAGACCUUCAUUCGGCAACGCAGCUAUUCGGCAGGUCCGAUCAUUGAUAUGCCGCUCAGUGCACGAAAGAAUUUUGGGACCGAUCGCCCUGAAGCUUCCUUGAAUCCCACAGAAGACCCUCAAGACAAACCUACGUUGCGAUACCUCAUUCAUCUGAACAUCUGCUGUCCCGCGCGCGGUCGCUUUUACCUACAUUCGACCAUUCGCGUGGUUUUUGCAAACCGCGUCCCGGACGGCAAGGAGAAACUACUGAAUGAGAUUCAAAAUCCCGAGCCUCGGUACAGCCCAUACAAGCCUUCCCGAGAGUCUUCCAUCUCGAGUACUACAGGCGCAAAUAUGCGCUUGGGAAUUGACCAAACUUCCCACAGACGGAGUGUGGGCCAGGGAGUUAUCCCUCAUCUCCACCCACACGUGUCAUCCCCCAGCGAGUUCCCCUCGCAAGAUGUCCUAGGACCGACGAAUGUUACGGGUGGCCUUGAAAAUACUCCUCCCUCGCAUAGAUUGUCUCGUUACAACGAGCUCACCAGGGACAACGAGGAUUACGGACGUCAUCCAAGCGGUUCAGAAGCCAGCGAGAGUCUACUCGUCAAAAGACUCCGAGUCCUUGAUGUGCACAGGCCGGAGUCCACAGUAGAUGAACGGCAUCCGCGCAAAUUAGGCUUUUAUGAUCGACCAUCUCCCACCCACAACCACCGUCCUCGCUGA